GAAAUUCGUUCACUCUGGACUUAUUUACUACAACGUUGAUUUAUGACCCUCUUGUCUUCGGGUAUUUGCUUUUCUUCUGAAUAUAAACAGAGAUAAGGCGCUCUUGUGACACCGUUCGCUAGAUUCGUCAGUCGCUAUGGGUACCACCGAGAAGAAAACAGAAAAGUACGAACUGCUACCCCCGGAAGGGGGCUGGGGGUACGUCAUCGCGGUCGCCCUAACAAUAAUGAUAAACGUAACCAUCAUACCUAUGUCGUCGUUUGGUUUGAUCUUUGGGGGGUUUCUCGCGAGCAUUGGGGACGAAACGACAGGUACCACUCUGGCUAAUGGGAUUUUCAACACCUGCUUUAAUAUAACGGGGCUAGCCGCUAACAGUCUCCUCCGGAAGUACUCCUACAGAAUCGUGGGACUCAUGGGAGCUUUUAUCUAUUUCAUUGGGAGUUUUACGACGAUUUUUGUGACCACGCUCCCACAAAUGGUGAUUUCUUUCGGGGUCAUUCAAGGUUUGGGGAUGGGUUUAAUGUUCCCUGCGUUUUUCACCGCUCUGAAUUAUUAUUUUGACAAGAAGCUGAGUCUGGUGAAUGGAGUAGCGCAAGCGUUUAUGGUGGCGGCUGGUAUGAUUUGCCCGUUCUUGGUACGGUACUCAAUGGUGAACUUCGGGUUCCGUGGUACCGUGGCUUUGCUUUCCGCUUUGAGUCUCAAUUCGGUGUUGGCGGCCGUGAGUUUACAACCCGUCGAGUGGCACAUGAAGAAGCAACAAAUCCCCAUAGAGAAGGAGGAAUUAGUUAUGGGAAAGUUCGUGGUACAGAGAGUCAGGAAUUCCAUUAUAAGUCUAGGGGAUAGAGCACUUUCCGUGACUACUCUCAACGAAAAAGACAAAAGUUUCAAGGAAAGUACCACCUGGUGGAAGUCUGUGGCCAAAUCCAUGGACUUACACAUGUUCAAGGACCCAGUCUACGUCAAUAUAUCCACGGGGUUAGCCCUAGGCUUUACCGCAGACGUCGCUUUCAUAUCGAUCAUCCCUCUGGUACUCAUCAAUGCGGGUUUUAGUGCCAACACGGCCGCUUUCUUCAUGUCGGUGUUCUUCGCUGCGGACCUCGUCGGAAGGAUUCUUCUGUCAGUACUGAGCGGCCUUUGCACCAUCAAGAACCGGUACUACUUCCUCUGCGGUUCCUUCUUUUUGGUGAUUUGCAGGACGGCUUUCGUUCUCCGGAACGACUUCUACUGGAAACUGGUCACUAUAUCUUGCGUCGGGUUUCUGCGGUCUUUCAUCCAGACGCCGCUCCCGCUGGUGGUGUCGGAGAAGUACUCUGACAACUUCGCGACGGCUUUCUCUCUAUACAUGGUUGUGUGCGGCGUGGUUUCUCUGGUUUUUGGUCCCUUGAUGAGCGCUGUCAAAGCCUGGACCCACAGCGACGUCAUGGUCGUCCACCUCCUCACUCUAGCCUACUUGACGGUGGUACUCUCUUGGAGUGCGGAAUUAAUCGCGAAGCGGUUUCGACGUUCCAAAUAAAUAAUCUCGAUUGUAUCAACAAUAAAGCAGAAUUAAUUGGUUCA